AUGUCCUCCUCACAGACACUCAUACAUCUUGCACAGACUCAGCGUGCUCUGGUCGCCCAAUUCCUCGCCUCUCUCGCUCCGAACCCCUCUGCCGACUCGUCCACCCAACUUCCACCCAACCCGCCGAACCCUCUGCAUGUCCUUCGCGACAGUGCCACCUUGCUCAAGGCACACACGACAAAGCUCGCUCUUCUCCUCAUCAACAAACCCUUCACCCCCACCGCCGUCACCUCUGUCCUCCGCGAUGCGACUCAAACCUGUCUCCCCGCCAUGAUGAGCGCCGUCGAGCUCUGCCGUCCAGACAUCUGGGGUGUCUUCCUGCACCACCAAGUUGUCGCAAAAGUCCGUGCCGUCAUGCGCGAGAUGGUCUCUUUCCUGGAGGAAGUCCUGGACACUGCUCAAGAAAACACUUCGAAUCACUCAAAAGACACUCUUGCUUCGACUGGUGUGCUGUGGGAUGCUUGUGAUGGUUUGAUCCAAUUGGAGACUACUGGAAUCGCUGGACUUGCUGUCUUGAAGGCCCAGGAGCUGCGGGACACCAUCAACGACGCCAUUCAGGAAUUGAAAGAGUGGGAAGAGGGUGAUGGCGAGGAUGAGGACGACGAGGACGAAGAUGACGAUGCACAUUCAACCAGCGACGAUGACCAAGAAGAUCGCGAAAGAGAUGAUCAAGACGAGUUCGACGACAUGUUCUCCGCCGCCAACAGCCUUCCCAAGGACCGUCCAGACCUGAAAGAGCGCCUACAAACCACCGCCGAUAAGUUGAAAAAGAUACAGUUCCUCUACGCCGCAAUCACAAAACGCAGACUCAAGACCUUUACGGCCGACAUCGCUUCGAAGAAGGUCAACAUCUUGACUCUGGACAAGCUUAUGCACUUGCUCAAGGAAUUACCCGAGUCUGUCGAUGAUCUUGCAAAUGCCUUCUAUGAGCUCGACGCCGACCAAGUGGAUACCAUCCUCGCAAGCUGUGUCGCCAAUGCAUGUUCAGCAGCCGAACUCCUCAAGACCGACUGGAACGGCAAAGACGAUGAAUUCACGGCCUGGGUCACAAAGUGGACUUCGGUUGUCAAAUAA